AGUUAACAUUCAGGAAUGUUUAUAGUUUGUCAUCGUUUCGGACUUUAAAGAGCGAUAAUUGAUCCACAGAAGACAUCUGGGCUAUGUCUUAUUGAAGGACAAAAUAGAUUAAUGGGGACACAUAAAGAUUAUGGGACAAUUUUCAACAAACAAACACGUGAAAACAAUCCGAUACUCACUGGCAUACGACUAACUCGAUAAAGAAAAUACUGGAAAGUAUCUCUGCAAAAGUGAUUCAGAAAUUAUUUUUGACAUUUAGACCACCCGAGGUCUGCCAAAACUGGCAUCUAUAAACCAAAAUAACUUAAAUAUUUAAAUGGAUUAAUUUAGGAAUGGACACCUCAUUCAAGAUGAAACUCAUAUACUGGGAAUUACACAAUGCAUGGUUAGUAACCAUAGCAUCAAUGCUGCUUAGCAACGGACUUGGAGUAGCAGGGGUGUCGUCUGGUUAUUGCCCGUUUGUGCCCCCGGGAACAGCUGAGUAUUGCAUAGGUAAAGGAAUUGAUACUAAAGGAUGUACAAAUGACACUGAAUGCGAUGAAGGUACAAAGUGUUGUUUUGAGAGUAUAUACAAUUGUAAAACAGUGUGUAGAACAAGCAAAAGACACCAGCCAAGACUUUUGGGAGUGAAACUUACAAUCGAACUCCACCACGAGUUUUCCUUAAUAGCUGACAAGCAGGAAUACUUUGAGUAUAGAUUUCGAAAACAUCUAAAUAAUCAUUACAACCUUUCACAUCGACAAGUGCUAACAUUAGACACAGGGGUCGGGUGUUGCAAAAACACGGAAGUAUCAAUGACAGUUGCGAAGUCAGAGGACAUCACAAAUGAUGACUUUGAAAAUAGAAUAGCAACGCUAAGAUUACAUGUACUUCUGAAGACAUUUCAUUUGCAUUACGAUGGUAGGCGAUGGAAAGGGUUGGCGAUAAGGUCAAAUGACGCUUGGGGAGACGUAUAUUACCCAACUAGUCUCACAACGACGACGUCAACGUCUACAACAAUUACUACAACAUUACCAACAACAACCCCUACAACCUCUACAAUUACAACCACAACACAGAGACCAACCACCUCCAGUCCAACCACAACAAAAGCUUCAACUGAGGAGCCAGCCAAAUUAACAAACAAUACACAAACGGUUCUAGCUCCAGUCGUGAACAGAACCAAUACUGUACAAAGCUCAACAAUUAAAGUCAGGGAAACGAGACCAGAUAUCGCAGGUUCAGGUACACAACUGAAACUACAAUUAUCUACCUUGUUAAUUCCAGUUUUAUCCCUUUUGGUGUAUUUAUAG